ACAAAUGGACCCUCCCUGUCUGAUUAUGAGCUUUGAAGCUAUGCUGCCCCCAGCUGCCUCUCAGCCCCCUUCGCCUGUGGGGUCCUUGCUGGUGUAGGGCUGAUGCCUGGCAUGCUCCAAGCCCGCAAAUAGGACUUUCACCCCUGAUCCUCCUGCAGCCCAGUGUGCUCCAAGAUCACAUCUUCUGUCAUGGGCUCCGUGGAUGGAGAGGGCUUGGAGACAUCAGCCCCAGGAGAGAGAGGGCCGGAGCAACCGUCACCGUAUCCCAGGUGCUUUGCUGCCCAUUCUGCUGUGACUGCGCUCUGGGACACUGGCUGCUGCUGGGACUCUGGGUCUGUCUUGCGCUAGGAAGUUGAUUCUACUGCAAAGGAGAAGCUGACCUCAUUGCUGCCUAGUGACCGAUGAUAUGGCCCAGUCCUGAGGCUGGCUGCAGCAUUGGCUGAGGGCCACCCAAUCCCCUGGGUAUUAGGCAACUUUCUGAGUUUUUGUGGUCAGGACUUUGCAGAGAACUUCCACUUUCGAGAGCUGGAGUGAAACAUUAUUGUUAGCUUUGAUCUCCCCAUCAACUUUCCCCCUCUUGAGCAGCAAUGGCCCCCGGGGGGAUCCCUGGGGUCGCCAGGAACUGCUGGGCUGGGGCUCUAAUAGUGGCGAUAGCACUGAGAACUCACAGAGCUCAUUGCACAGACCCUCCAGAGCAUUUCCUGCUGCAGGAGAAGUCUGAGUGUCACUACACCAACGGCAUGCAGCGGGUGAGGUAUCUGAAAAGACUGAUCUGGGGCCAGCAGGAGAUCUGUUACUAUGACAGUGACUUGGGCUUCUCGGUGGCCCGCACGGAACUGGGUCGGCCGAUCGCGGAGUAUUGGAACAGGCUGGAGUGGCUGAGCUACUUGUGGGCUUCAGUGGAGAAGUUCUGCAGUUAUAACCAUAGGAGAUUUAAGAACAUCACUGUGGGUAGGCGAGUUAAGCCCAGAGUGAAAAUUUCCACCCUGAAAGCAGAGUCUUCCCACCGCCCCAGCUUGCUGGUUUGCUCUGCGACAGGGUUUUAUCCUUCCGAGAUAGCGACCAAGUGGUUCAAAAAUGGGCAGGAGGAGACAGCUGGAGUUGUAUCCAGGGAGCUGCUACAUAAUGGAGACUGGACCUUCCAGAUCCAGGUGACGCUGGAAACAAAACCCAGGUGGGGAGAGGUCUACACCUGCCAAGUGGAGCACAUCAGCCUGCAAACGCCCAUCACCAUGCAGUGGGUGGCACAGCCUGACUCUGCCAAGAGCAAGAUGUUCAUUGGAAUUGGGGGCUUUGUACUGGGGUUGAGCUUCAUGGUGCUGGGACUCCUCGUCUACCAGAAGAAUAAGAAAGGGUACCCGUGCUUGGACACUGCAGAAUCUCAGGCUGCUGGGAGUGACAGGGGCAGCUCUACAAACUUACUGCUCUGUGCCUAAAUCCUUCCAAGUUCUAUGAAGGGCCAUCUCUAAAUCUUCCCUUAACUCUCUGUAUUCAUGCAUGAGCCAUUACUCUUUCCCUUCCCCUCGCUAGCUGUUUUUUGUGGGCUCUUGCUCAGGUCACUACUGUGCUGCCUCUGAUGGAGGGAAUCACCACUUUCCCUCAAUCGGAGCAGGUUCCCCUCCUGCCAACUUUUCCUGCCGCCCCGCCCCAGAUUUAACUGCUCUGCAAUUAAAGAACAAAGUGCUUGUAGAUCUGAGAUUGUCCCUCAGGGGCUGAUUUCAUGCAAGCUGUUGACUUGGGGAAUCUCCAGUGGAAGAGGAGGGAAGGAUCCAGUUUUCAUAUGGAGCUGAGGAUGGAUGUCCCACUACUCAGAGUGCAGCACAUACCCAGAUAGAAAAGAGGGGAAUAAAUAGUAGUAAUGUUUCUAACUAAUGCUUUGCACUUAGAGAAAUUUUAUCUAAGGGUCUGAAAGGAUUUGAUAACUGUGAGUUAAUGAAAAGUACUAAUUAACCUGGUGUUAAUCUUUAAUUUCAUGUGUUUGGUAACUUUCUGAAACAGAUCUGUGAUUCUGUAUAUCAUGACACCCCACCCUUUGGCUAAUGGAGAUUGUACUGUACUCAGCUGAUGAGCAGAACAUGAAAACCUAUGUAGAACAGCAAAUUAAAGAGAUAAAGCCUUCCCCAGGUAACUAACAACCCAUGAGAUUAGAAACAUGGAGAGAAUGUUUACACUCUAAUUUGCCUUUCACUGUCAUUGCUGGUUUGUUCUUGCUGCUGCUUUUACUCCUGGCAACGGCCUCAGUCCGCUUAGACACUGAAAUUUGGCUGCUCAGUCUCCAUUCCUGUCUCUAACUAGGUUCACGGUGUUGUUCUCAUGCACUAAUCUGCUGCUGUUGUACUUAUCGUAGGGUUUUAUCCUGACACCCAUCAUAGAUUUCAUAGAAUUUAAUGCCAAAAAGGACCACUAGCUCUUCCAAUAUGAUCUCCUAUAUAAAUUUUAUAUAUAGCCCCCUAUAUUGAGCCCAAAGACUUUAGUUGGACCUAAGCAUUUCAGUCCUCAGGAGAAUAAACUUUUUUAUGCCAUUGGGAAAAAACAGGAGAGACACCAGUGCCGAACUCACAGUGAUAAACCAAAACCUGGAUUUCAGACCUCAGGGAUUUGGCAGUGUCCCAGAAAUGAUCCAACACAAGAUAAAACCCAAUGACGCUUUGAAAAGUAGCAUCCCCAAGGUUAAACCUACGAGGAGUCCGGUGGCACCUUA